UCCCACCAACCCUAUCUUUGGUGUCCACGUCCCCGCGGUGUCCAGUCCUACCGGCUGCGAUGUGUUACGCGCCCCAGCUUUAGAAAAAACAGAGAAGGAAAACUUCACAGAAAUGGCGGAGGGUGCUACGACUCUCAAAGGCUUGCGAGCCCAAAUGGCUGCAGCUGCACAGGCACAAGCCGAGGAGCGGCGCAGCCUGUCAGGGAACAGUCCAGGACCUACAACCAACCCACCAGCUAAACCUCAGGGGUGUAAGCCAGUCCUUGACGGUGCUGCGCUUAGAAUAGACGACCGACUGCGAGUGGCUAAAGAGAGACGAGAAGAAGCAGAAAAACAACAGGCUUUACGAGAGUCUCAGAUCAUGGAGCGGGAGCGCAAGGCCAAACUGCAAGUGGAGCGUCAAUUGGAGGAGCGCCAGAAAAAGGUUGAUGAACAGCGGAGAAAGGAGGAGCAGAAACGAAUGGCGGUGGAAGAGAAGAGGAAGCAGAAACAGGAAGAGGAAAAGGAGCACUAUGAAGCAGUGAUGCGGCGGACAUUGGAGCGUAGUCAGCGUGUGGAGCAGAGGCAGAAAAGAUGGUCCUGGGGAGGACUGUCCACAGACACAGAUGGACGAACAGGAGAGUCUGAUGCCGGCGCCUCAUCUCCAGUAACAAUAGUUAUCUCCCCUGCCUCGCCAGAAAAGCCACCAAGGAGUCGACAAGUGGACAAGCGCUCCACAUCCACCAUGAACCUGAAACAGCCAUCUGAGGCUGGCAUCAGCAAACGCCUAUCCUCCUCCUCUGCCACCCUCGUCAAAACUCCCGACAAAAGGGCUAAGCAGAGGAGCUCGUCUUGUAACCGGUUGCCUAGCAAUGGCAAUGCUGCUCAGGCCAGUAAGGAAGACGGCAAAAAGCUUCAGGUGGAACAGACAGGCCGUUCCAUGAAGACGAGAAGUUCGUCCCUAACACGAGUAAGUGUGGGCAGAGCGCAGACCCCUUCCAAGCCUGAUAAGGGGACAACGGACGAUCAAGCUCACAGGCCACCGGCCGGCACUGUGGACGGAGGGGUCCUUAGUCGCCUGCUCACCCCCACCCAGGCAUCUCUAGCUAGGAGCAAGAGCGCCGCCGCCCUGUCAGCCGAAGGAAGAGAUGCUCCAGAGUGUCACCUGUGUCCUCGCUCAGCCUCUGCCAGUCCCCUGCACCCACCGCGUGGACCCGUGCGCAGCCGCAGCAUCGACCGGCAGAAGAGCGGCAUGACCACCUCUGUGUCGGCCGACGGAGCUCUCGACCCUUCAAUGAAGGACAAGCAUUUAUCGCCUGGAGGGCAGCGUCCCGCCUCCCCGUCUUCUCCCCUGGGACGAAACCGUUCACCAUCUCCAGCUCCCAACCCAGCCCCAAAGAGGACCCCCUCCCCAGCAGCAUCCAAGCAAAAUUCCAAGACACGCCCGCCGUCACCUGGUGCAAUGAAACAACGUCCCCCGUCCCCCCAGCCUGCAUCAGCCAAGCCCCCACCCAUCCAGAAACCAGCUCUCACUCCAACAGGACCUCCCACCUUGAGGAAGAGGGACUCCAAGUCCAAGGAUCUGUGUCCUGUCCAGCCUGUGUCUACACAGUCGUCUGACUCCAGCAAGACCAAAGACAAAGAUGACUCUAAAGGCUCGGCGGGCACCAACUCGGCUGCCGAGGCGGCCAAGAUCCUGGCAGAGAACCGCAGACUGAUGCGAGAGCAGAAGGAGAAAGAGGAGCAGCUCAGGAUACAGAGGGAGGAAGAGGAGAAGCUGAGAAAGGAAGAAGAGCAGCGUUUAGCAGAGGAGGCUCGACUGAAGCGCGUGGAAGAAGAGAAGAAACUUGCAGAGGAGAGGAAAAUUAAAGAAGAGGAAGAGGCUCGUCUAGCGGAGGAAGAACGAGUGAGACUGGCAGAGGAGGAAGCGGUGAGGCAGGCGGAGCUCCAGAAGGAACGUGAGGAGGCUGAGGCCAAGGCCCUGGAGGAGGCGGAGAGGGUCCGUCAGGAGAGGGACCGCAUCAUGCAGCAGAACCAGCAAGAACGAAUGGAGAGGAAGAAGAGAAUUGAAGAGAUAAUGAAGAGAACAAGAAAAGGGGACCGGGGUGACAAGAGGGAUGGAGGCGAUGACGAUAAAUGCUCACAGGAGAAUGAAGAGGAUGAGGGAGAGGACGGAGAGGACGAGAUGAACACUGACACCAUGAGCCGGGUGGAUGAUGUGACCGCGGAGGCUGAAGCAGACAAGUGCGGCCUGUCCUCUGGCGAGCCGAUGGAUCGACGAGAGAAGCCCCUGGGAAGUGUGAACGGAAAACCGGAGACGGACGACAAGGAGAACAACAACGGCAUAAGCACCGAUGAGACUCAGGCUGUGAGUCCGGUCCCUAAGGGCCGCCUCGUCGAGGGCUCGGAUCUCCUGAACGAGCAGGACUCCGCCAAGGUGGGGUUGGUGUCCGGUCUCAACGGUAAAUCCAACCAGUGGAGCUUUGAGGAACUGAUCGACCUCAACGUCCACUCCAAGACCCGGCCCCUCAUCGAGGCCGAGGACUGUAACCAGGUGUUGAUUAACUGUGACGGGAGCUCAGAUGGGACCAGGGUAGCCUUCGAGGACAAGGGAACCCCCGUCAACCCCCUGCAUUCCUCCAAUCAACCCAUAGAAGCCCUGUCAGAGAUUUGAUGCUGCAGCCAUCGCUGAGAAGCCUCUUACUGUUGCACUCGUUCCUGUUCCUGUCCCGCCGAGCUCCUUUACUCCUCCUCCUUACUCCAGUUCCGAACAGCUUCCUCCUCCUUCUCCUCCUCCUCUUCCAGAGGAAGGAGCACAAGGUGAAGUGGAAAGACCACCCUAAGUGCUACUUUUGCACCCUAAAUGAUGAGGAAACAGAUAUAUAUAUAUAUAU